AUGCCUCCUAAAAAGGAAUAAAAGAAGGAAGUUGUAGUUAAAGAAGAUAGGUCUGGAAUCCCUAAAAAUGAUGUGUAAUUCAAAUUUUAAUUUGAAGUGCAAUAGUAAAAUUUGUAAAAUAUGGUGUUGAUGUGGGAGUGGUUUUCUAAUGAUACAGCUUUAACUGAGCGCUACGAUGGUUAAUUGAUAGAAAAUUGGAAUUAAAAAGAUCCAAACGACCCUAAUACACUAGUUUUUGAAAAAGAAUUUGAUCCUAUAAGAGUAGAUGAUGAUUUUUGUAAAAACUUAACAAAGAAAGAAUUUUAUAUUUAUUUUGUGAAUUCUGAAGACAGUAAGAUUAAGUAAGAAAUCUAUAUUGACUAUAGCUAACUGCUCUCAAGCAAUUCAGAAAAGCCAGAAUUUGAAUACUCUAACAAUAAGUUACUAAUUAUGGAAAUAGAAGAUUUUAAAUUUAAGCUAAUAGCAGAUAAGCCUCUUUUGCAGCCACUUUAUAAACAUUACUUAAAUCCCUUAGAAAUAGAAAUUGUAGGAGCUAAAGAUCUUCCAGUUAAUACUGACAAAAAAUAUGAACCUUGUUAUGUUUAAUAUAAAUUUUUUGAUGGAAAUUAAGCUAAAACAGUUGAAAAAUUAUAAAAAAAUACAAUAAAAUGGGGAUCAAAACAUGUUUUUCUAUGUGGUUUGUUAGACUAAGUAGAUUUGGUUGAAAGAAUUGCAUCCCAUUAUAUAAAAAUGGAAGUUCAUGAUAAAGAUGAAGUUAUGGAUAAUAAAGUAAAAUAAGAAUUGCCGUUAUUGAGUGUUGAAUCAAAAAUUAAAGAAAUAGAAGAAAAAAAUAAGCCACCUGAAGAAGAGGUUAUUGAUCCUAAAGCAAAAAAAGGAGCACCUGCCAAAAAGGAAGCUCCUAAAAAAGUAGAGCCUCCUAAAAAGGAUGCAAAAAAAGAUCCUAAAAAAGAUGCAAAGAAAAAAGGUGGAGAAAUUAAAAUAGAACCAAUUAAAGAUGUUCCUGAGGGACCACCUAUUGAGUAUCAUAGAAAUAACUAUGGUGUUUCUUGUUUUUUUUUAACUGACCUUUUGAAACCUAGUGUUAGGAGUGUCAAGCUUAGAUCUCCCAUUGUACCAGUAAAAAAGUAUGAAGAUUAUGAAUCAAAUAAUUUAGAUUUAAAUACAACAGCUAAGAAAAAUAUCCCUGCUAUGAUGGCAAACUCUAAUUUUUUCGACUAAAAUAGUUUUUUAGUUAUAAGCUUAAAUCUAGCCCAUCCUUUUGGCACUUUUAAACUACCUGAGAAACCAGUUUCCAUGGUUUAAAUAGAAGAUACCGCUUAAGGAUAAAAUCAAAAGGAUAAAAAAGGAAAAGCAGCUCCACCAGCUCCAGCUAAAAAAGAGGCUGCUAAGACAGAAACAUAAAUAGAGAUCAUUCCUCCAAAAGUAGAUCCCUAAGCUAUUUAUGAAAGGGCGGUUUACUAUAUGCCUUACAAAUCUCCUGAGUUAGUACAAAGAAUUCAAGAUGCUUUUUAUGAAAUAAAUAUGGAAGCAGCAAAAGUCGAAACAGGAGGAUUAAGAGCAAUAACUACAAAAAAGCUAAGUGAGUAGGAAAGAAAAGAUAGAACAUUUGACUUUUUAGGAGGCUUUGAAAUAAUAGACAACUAAUUCAGACUGUUUGUCUUCGAAGGCCUAUCAAAUGGUGCCAUGAAAAAAUUAGAAGAAAAAAUACCUAGAGCGGAACCAAAUUCUGAAAGCCUAAAGAUAUUGAAAAACUCAGAUGUUAAAUUCUAAGAAAGAUAGUAUUUGGAUUUUGAUAUGGAAAUAAAAAGAAUUAGGCUGAGAGAAAAUUUAACUAAAAUAUUAAUGAAACCUGAUAUAUACAUCCGCACAAAAGAGCCUGAAAAUAUUUGUAGAACUUUAAAUUAAAUUAGCGAAAUAGCAAAAUGCUGGAAUAUAAAAAGUGUUGCUUAGUUUGAUCUUUUCCCUGUAGCAUCUGACUUAAUAGCUAUGGAACGUAAAUACAGCGACUCUUUAACUGCAGAAGAUAUUCAUGGUAUAUAGAUUGAAGUAAAGAAAUCAAAGAAAGGUAAGAAAAUAUCAAGUAUCAAUGAUCUAUCUAAAACCUAAAUGAUGGGAGUAGAAUCUAAAGCUAAUCUUACUUACACUACUAAUAAUUUAUAAACUUAUGGUACUAAAGAAAUGCUUUCAACUUAACAAAAAGAGUAAAUAAGUCCAACCAAGAAUAAUGUUUAAAUUGCAGAUAAUAGCAUCGAAAAUGAAUAAAAUGAAUCUAUUUUUAAUAGUAAAAAAAAUAAAACGAGGUUUAUGUAUACUGUGAAAGGUAAAAAAACAGCUGAUAAUGUAUAAAUAAGGAUAAAAGAAACUGUGCCUAUUCCAGAUGAUGAACCUGUUUACAUUUACAGCUCUUAAAAGAAUAAUUGGUAUGAAAAAUAGAAAAGAGAAUAAAGAGAGAAAAUAAGAGCUGAUAAACACAAUUUUUACACAUACUCAGAAUAAUAUUUGACUCUUUCAGUAGAUCCAUACAAUGUUCAAGACGAAAUUAAGCUAGCAGAAACUCUAGAAAAGACAAAAUUGUAAGAAAAACCUUCAUUCAGACCAGUUCCACCAAAAUCAAAAGAUGAGAGGGAUGGACACCCUAAAAAACCUCAUCCAAGCAAAGUAGAGGAACUAUCCAAGUACCCAUACUAUGAGUAAAGGGAAAAGGAAGAAGUAACUUUGAAAAAUACAAGAGGAGAACCGAUUAAAGACAAAUAAGAUUUCAACCCAUAUUUCAGAUAAACAGAAAUUUUUUCAAAUCCAGAAGUUUUAGAAGCAGAAAAAAUAAAACCUGUCGAGAAAGAGAAGCAAGAGAGAGAAAAGAAACAAAAAGAACAAGAAGAAUGGAUGAGUAAAUUAAAAGGAACAAAAUACUUAUACACAAAAAGAACUAUGCCAGAGCAUCCUUCUUAAUUGGAUAAAUUAAAAGGAUUAAGAGAUGAUCCUGCAGCUAAAAAAGGUUUAUUAAUGAAGAAUUCAAGAUUAAAAGAUACCACUUUGAGAAUGGAUAGACAACUAAAGGAUAUACCUAGUUCUAUUUUCCACCACGAAAACUUUAAGGAAUAAGUAGAUCCUUUCACAAGGAAAGUACAUCCAGAGAUUUGCAUGAGUCCUUUUGACUUUGAUGCCUAUCAAAAUCCAGAAAUAAUUACAAAAACGUUUAUACACAAACCAUUAAAAUUAGAUCCUAUGUACAAGUGA